UCACUCGCCGAGAGAGCGGACAAGUGACGACAGAAGAAGAUCCAAUCGAGAAGAACAGUUGUGGGAACGGGGGUGCCCCACCGCUGCCGUCACCUGUAUAAAUCGUCGUACAGUGGAGAGAGUUACAGAAGAAAGCAGAAGAAGAGACGAGAGAAGACGAAGAAGAGGAAACGAUGGCAGGAGAGAAAUCAGUGUUUCUGGUUGGGAUAGACGAGAGCAAGGAGAGUGUCUACGCUCUGCAGUGGACUCUUGAUCACUUCUUUGCUCCUUUCCCACCGGAGGCUCGCCCUUACAAGCUCAUCAUCCUCCACGCCAAGCCUGUUGCCACCUCUUAUAUCGGCCUUGCCGGCGCCGCUGAUGUCUUACCAAUCGUUGAACAUGAUCUGAAGGCCAUAGCUUCUAGGGUUCUUGACAAAGCCAAGGAGAUGUGUCAUUCUAAAUCUGUGCUUGAUUUCACGGCUGAAGUGGUGGAAGGAGAUGCCAGGUCGGUUCUCUGCGAGAUGGUCGAGAAGCACCACGCAAGCAUGCUCAUCGUCGGUAGCCAUGGCUAUGGAGCGAUCAAAAGGACGGUCUUGGGAAGUGUAAGUGACUACUGUGCUCAUCAUGCUCACUGCACCGUGAUGAUUGUGAAGAUGCCCAAGACUAAACAUUAGGAGCUGCCAUGCGUUUCGCAAAUAAGCUACUUUCUUUGUUUCUAUCUGCGUGUUCAUAGAACUGCCCAUUUAUGUACUGCUCUUGGAUACACCAUUUCUAAAUAACUUGAAGAUUAGUUGCCUACUGA